AUGGAUUAUGCGGAACAGCAACAUUCCGCCACCACUGCGGAAGCCCCUAUCCAGUCUUCGCUCCUCGCAAGACGUCGCAAAAACGACGGUUCACGCGCACAUCCCGGCAAUCCUUCGAGCGCCGGUGAUCCGACCUCUCCCGAGGUUAUUACUUCGUUGAUAUCCUCUCUUUCAGCCAUUUCCGUGCCCGUCCAGUCGCAUUUCGACCUGAACGUCCCGCGUAUCGAUUCGGAAACCGAUCCCUCAACACCGGUUUACUUCCCUCCCGAAAGCCUUUCCGUUCCAGACCAACGUUCAAUUAGUGAGCAUGGAUUUGGCAUGACUUAUGCUUUGCACAACCCCCUCGAUGAGCCGCCACAUAGUCCUUUCUUGCAUCCGGAUGAUGCCGCAGCGUCGCCGAUUAUUCGCAUGGCACGGGCUCCGCCAACUCCAAAAACCCCCAAGUCUCCCAAGUUCAAACUGCAUCCUGAGCGACCUAUGUCUCCAGGGAGACCGGCCUCGCAAGCAUCGUUCAGUUCGUAUAGGGCCGCACUUGGAGACCCUGUGUUUGGUACGAUCAGUGCAGAGCCUGGUCCUCAACGAGCUUCAACGGCGGCAAGCAUUCAUUCGACGAGCUCGAGGAAGAGUCUGAAGAGCCUGCUAAAGCGACAGUCGCGCGAAUUUUCGGGCGAGAAGGAAAAACACCUUGAUCGACUACGGAAAACGAACAGCUAUACCGACGGCUUGAGGCAUCACGUUUCACGCAGUAGAGCUAGCUUGCGCUCCCUACAUUCAAUGGCCGACGUAGUUGAAGAGGGCAGGCCUACCGAGUUUUCCAUGGAUGCUUCUCGGGAGCAAACUGUCGAUACUCCGACAGGAUUAGAUCGCUCCUCCUUACAAAGCAAUCAUGAAGGCACUCCAGGUACACCUGGAGGAAUCGGAAGCGGACGAAUUAUACCUACCCGGGAGUCGUCACUACGACAUGGUUAUUCCUCCAGUCCCAAGCAUCGAAAAUCUGGCCGGCAUAGUAGGUACUCGUCUACUGCUAGCAGAGAAGUCAAAGCAGAUAGUGGAAUAUCAGGUGUGGGUGGUAAUGAGACUGACCAGGUCUCGAAGAGGAUACAGGAGCUGAAAGAUCAGCAACAGAAGAUCAAGAGCGAAUUGGAAACAGAUAAUAUGCCACUACAGCCGACAAAAGAGUCACCAACCGAGCAGCAGGCACGGGCACGAAGCGGUACCUCUGGCAGCUUUGUGCAGCAUGGAUUGAUCAUUGACGAGAGUGCUCCGUCUCCAGCGAUCUUGACGGGCAGGGGCCGCACUUUUCCUCGCAACAGCCCUCAGGUUGCGCCGAGACCGACCGUCGUGUCAUCGCGGUCUUUCGCCGCAAGGCAAUCCUUUGACCGACCAGACCCCAUGGAGAAGCUGCGCUAUAGACGAUCCAUGGAAUCCCAACCGGCACACCGGUUUCAUCACCGUUCUCCAUCCGGGCCGAUCUCGCUCAAUCAUUCUUCGAUUAUGGUCGAGGACCGCCCAUCAAGUGCAGACUCCGUUGAUCUCGCAGUAACCGAAUAUGUAGCCUCGCCGAAGUUGACACAAAGAGUACGUCACCCUACAAGUGGCCGUGUGAUAGCAUUUUCAGAAGUGGGGGAUUCUAAGGGUCAUAUGGUUCUUUGCUGCCUUGGUAUGGGACUCACAAGGUAUUUAAUGGCUUUCUACGACGAGCUGGCACGAUCUCUUGGCCUCCGACUUGUGACUUUAGAUAGACCUGGGGUUGGUGAAAGCGGUCCUAAUACGACUGAUGCUGGGACUCCUCUCAGCUGGCCUGAUGAUGUUGCGAUUGUCUGUAAUCACCUAAAAGUCACCAAAUUCUCCAUCUUAGGCCAUUCAGCGGGUGCUAUCUAUGCCCUCGCGACUGCCCUGAGAAUACCACAGCAUAUCCGGGGCCGUAUUCACCUAUUAGCGCCAUGGAUCCCUCCAUCCCAACUGUCCAACAUUGGCUUAUACAAAACCCCUGUCCCAAAUAACGCUGUGCCCUACUCGCAUCGUUUCCUCCGCGCCUUGCCAGCCUCAUUCCUCAAAAUCGCCAAUUCGAGCUUCAUGAAUGCCACCAGUACGAGUCUUACAUCUAGUCUACCCAAGUCUCCCCGACGAAGCAAACGCCGUGGCACUGCGAAGGAGGGCCCACGAGCCAUUACCAUUGAUGUUCGUGCGGAUGGAAAACAACAGCCAGAUAAGAUUGAUGCCAAAUCUAUGGAUAGUGUCCAUGUGGCUCAUGAUGCCCACGGAACAAAUGAUACAAAGUCCCCGGCCUUCACCAGCCAGACUGCGAUUGGCUCUCUAGAGCGUGAACGGCAGAUGGAUUAUGAUACUCGAUUGACGCACAAAAUCUGGGAACUAGCCACAACACACGCCAAUCCUGCAGUGGACCUGCUAGUUUGCCUAGAGCGGCAUCAACCGAUUGGAUUCCGAUACGUUGAUAUCACUCGGAAUGUUGUGGUCCACCACGGGAGCCGAGAUACUCGUGUUCCAGUUGAUAAUGUCCGGUGGCUGGGCCAAACCAUGAGGCGGUGCGAAGUCCGAGUCCUCGAAGGCGAAGGUCAUGGAUUGAUGGCCUCGGCCAGUGUUAUGGGCAAUGUCUUGAUGGAAAUUGCCAAAGAAUGGGAAGAUUGGAUGACUCUAGUUCAAGGCAAGCGCAGAGCGACACUUGGUACUCGCUCCGGUUCCAUGAUUGCGGUCUAG